AUGAGCCACGAUCUGCUCAGGAAUCGCCUGACACCAUUGGAUGUUCCGGAGCUGCUCUACUCCACUCUCUACCACCUGCCGGUCAAGACGCUGGCGAUAUGCCGGCGGGUCUCGCGGCUGUGGCGAGCAUGCGCCGAAGUCGUUCGCAACGACCGAAAACAGGAGCAAACGCAGCUCAUUCUCAUUCUCUCGCGCCAUCGUAUGGACGCUGCCUCGGUGGAGGGGCAGCCGAGUCUGCGGGGCUGGGGCAGUCUUGACGGUGGCUCGAUUCUGCACUAUCCUAUCCCGGAGGAAUCGCAUGUCGUGGUGAUCCCGCUCAGGCUAAAGGACCGGUUCUUGCUGGACCACUACCACACCGUCUGCGAGUAUCACACCGACGGCGGGGAUCUCGAGAAGGCUUUCGAAGCCGGAUGGCUCCCCAUCACCGACAGCUUUGACAAUCCUGCUGCGUUUGCGGUGCAUUUCGGUCCGCCCAGCGCGAACAUGGCGUUUCCAGUGCUUGGAGGCGCCCCAUCGCGCUCUGCUUCAACCGCCCGGAUCGAUGUCAUGGCCCGUCAGCUAUGCAGCCUUGGCGACAGGAAGCUGGAGUACUACGGGCCCGAUUUUGUUCUCGACCUCUCGUAUCUUAACCCAAAGACUCUGGCAUGGAUGCAAGACCGGCCCAUGGGGCCGCACCGACGCGGACUGAACCAAAAGAUCGUCAUGGUCAAGCGCCUGGCUAUCAAUGAGAGCUGGAAGACCAUGAGAUCGGGUCGGAUCUACUCGAGCGACGGACUGGGCUUGCUCGGGAGAGCCUUUGGCAAGCAUAACAUCCACGACCCGUACGAACGACUCAGGGGCAAGGCCCAGUUUCUGCUGCGGAAGCAAAUCUUUAUGAACUCCGAGGGAAUCGCAGACUGGAGUGCUCUCUCGCAAGAGAUCAGUAGCUCGUGGACCGACAGGCUGAUGCAAUUCAUGGAUGUGGAUUUCAAGAUCAAGCAAAAGCAGAUUCAGAUCGUAAACAACAUGCAGAUCGGCGCCGCCGUCCGGGACCAGCUGGCUCUGAAGCUCAAACGUGGCACCGUCGAUGCCCUCACGUCUCUGCCGCUGGGGAUCUGCUAUCUGCGCCGCAUCGGCUACGCAGGCGACUGCUCAAACCCAGCCAGUAUUUUCGACUAUUUGUCAGCAUAUGACCCGUGGGACUACUAUCUCCACAACACGACACAUCCUCAAGAAGAAAAGGAAAUGAACGAGGCCUCGGCUAUUAAAGCAAUCACCAAGCGCCCCCGAAUCCAGGAAGCCGAGAGACACGGCCUCUACACCGAGGGAAUCCAGGUGCUUGAGCAGAUCCACGCCACAUACAAGGAGAUGAUUGAAUCGACGGCGUCGAGCGAGCAGCCGUAG